AUGUAUGCAAUGACGCCGCCGCCGAACCCCUCCGUCCUCCGCUCGCUCGCUUGCAAAAGCAAAAACGAGAACCACUACUACUAUCCACAACACUCCACCGAAUCAGCACAACUGUUUCGACGGCACUUGCAUCCCAGGAUUGAUAGUACUGCGACUACGUCUACGAGGACAAUUGCGAGGUUUGGAAGAGGCCCGAUUGAGUUUGCGAUAUCCCACUACCUGCUUGCCGUCAACAUGACUCAACCAGAGCCGCGGAUUCAAAAUCCGGUGCUGUUUAUCUGCGACCUCCAAGAAAAAUUCCGCCCUGCCAUUUACGAAUUCGACAAGGUUGUUGCGACGACGAGGAAGAUGCUCAAGGCUAGUCAGAUCCUGAAUAUACCCGUCGUUGCCACGACGCAGAAUAAAGCGCGUCUGGGCGAGACGUGUCCGGAGUUGGGGCUUGACCAGCCCGGAGGCGUGAAGACGGUUGUUCAUGCCGAUAAAACGUUGUUUUCCAUGGUAACCCCAGAAAUCACAUCCACCCUCUCAACCCUCCACCCCUCCUCUUCUCCUCUAACCUGCGUCCUAACGGGCAUCGAAUCCCACAUCUGCAUCACGCAGACGGCGCUCGACCUCCUCGCCCUCAACCACAACGUCUACAUCCUCGCCGACGCAGUCUCGUCGUGCAACAAGGAGGAAAUCCCCAUUGCGCUGGCGCGGCUGCGCGCUGCCGGCGCCGUCGUCACCACGAGCGAGAGCUGGUUGUACGAGUGCGUGAGGGAUGCUGGGGCCAGGGAGUUUAGGGAUGUUGUCGGGUUGGUGAGGGAGUGGAAGGAGGCUACGAGGGGGAGUUUGGGGGCGCUGCUUUGAGGUGUGGGGACAAUUAACUGUGUUUUUUUAGAGGAGGAGAGGUUGUUGUGUUUUAGGUUUUUUGCUUGUUUUGUUCCUUUUUUUCCUAAAUCUCUUUUUUUUAGAGGGGGAGGGGGGGGGGGAUGAGGGGAUAUAUAUCGGUUUUUUUUUGUACAAGUACUUCUAUUUCAGGAUCAAUCAAAAUAUUUGUUUCUAUUCGCUCUAUUUUCAACUCUUGCUAUUCUAUCCAUCCAUCCCAACUAACCAAUCACCAACCAGCCCCCUCCCAAAACAACAAUUGAUCUUCAAACAUUUAUAUUUCCCAAUCUAGGCAAUAAGAAACAAGUCUCACCCCCUCUCUAUCCAUCUUACUAUUGCAAUGAUAUGAUUGUACUAAGCUCUUAUGCGAAAUAAGCCCCUAGUCAUGACGUGCUUUCCAUCGGCAACUCGAUGACCCUUUUUGUCUGGUUUGGCUUAGGUGUUGUUGCGGCGCAGCAGUAUAUAAAUACCUAAACAAAACCCUACUUCCCUGAUUGAUUGCUGUUUCUGCACGCGUUGCUUAUCCCCCAUCUUCCCAUCUCAUUCUCUCUUUU